AUGCCGUGCCACAAUGAGCAACUGAACGCGAUAGACAAUCAAGACCAUGCGGCGAAGCAGGUUCGCUUUGCUAACAGUGUUCCGCCGGUAGUAUGUCAGGAUGGAGACUCAACGGAACCGUGCGAAAGAGCGUUAAACAGCGAAGUACAACAACAAAUAGGACCGCAACUAAAACUUUUGCCAUUAAAUGACCAAAUUAGAGAACUACAGACAAUCAUCAGGGACAAGUCUACCAGUAGAGGAGACUUCGUGUUUUCUGCAGAUAGAUUGAUCAGGCUGGUGGUUGAAGAGGGACUCAAUCAACUUCCAUACACUGAAUGUACAGUCACCACACCCACAGGGCACAAGUAUGAAGGAGUGAAGUUUGAGAAAGGGAACUGUGGUGUGAGCAUCAUGAGGAGCGGUGAGGCCAUGGAGCAGGGUCUGAGGGACUGUUGUAGAUCAAUCCGCAUCGGUAAGAUCCUGAUUCAGAGUGACGAGGAGACGCAGAAAGCCAAAGUUUAUUAUGCCAAGUUUCCCCCCGACAUCAGCCGCAGGAAGGUGCUUCUCAUGUACCCCAUCCUCAGUACAGGUAAUACAGUGAUAGAGGCCGUCAGAGUCCUGAGUGAACACGGCCUUCAGGCCAAACACAUAAUCCUGCUCAGCCUUUUCUCCACCCCCCACGGUGCACGGUCCAUUAUCCAGGAGUUUCCGGACAUCACUAUUCUGACCACUGAAGUCCACCCUGUUGCUCCAACACACUUUGGACAGAGAUACUUUGGCACUGACUGACUGAGCCACUGUGAAUACACACUCAAGACUUCACCACAACCGUUAUUACAGAUCUGUGUGUGUGUGUGUGUGUGUGUGUGUGAGCUGCCUCCAUCUGACUGAUCCAUUUGGAAUGUAUACAGACUAACUGACUUAUGGUAGGUUUAUUCUGAUGCCUGAUUGGUCUGUUAUGAAUAAUGAUGAAAUCUGAUUGGUGCAUAUGUGUACAAGCUUUAGGAUCCACAGCCUUAACAUUCGCACCUGAGCACAGAGCAGUGUGUAGAGCCAGGCCCUGUGGAGACGUUGAUGCUCGUUCUGGAGCAGUGCUGUACACACCUGCAGCUUCUCCUGCACACUCUGCAUUACAGCCUGUUCUCCUCCUGCCGUCUCCUGCCCAGACC